GUCAGUAACUUUUUUUUAUUGAAUUUUUCUUCCCUAUCCGUUUCCACUCAUACUCUGACGCUUACACACGUAUAUACAGAGCUUUUGGUGAUACAAAUAUACAAAAUUAUUUUUUCAUUCAGUUCAAUUUAAAAUUUUGUUCUGCUUUAUUUCGGUAGAUGUGAAAAAAUCUUAAUUAACAUUUUUUAUGUAUGUAGCUCAGAUUACUGUGCACUCGGGUUAAUGAAAAAAUAUAUAAAUUUAAAUUAUUAUUUUUGUCUGUAACGCAGUUGCGAAUCUGAGCUUUUUGGACUGUGCAAUUUAAGUUACUGGAGUGGUAAAUUAUAGAGUUAUGAAGAGUUACCGAAACUGAUACUGGUUUUAAGGAAGGCUGUGGAAUUUCAGCAUGUUGUAUCGACCAGAUGCAUACGAAGUAUCCAAAACAUUUCUACAGUGCAUUGCAGUCAGAAAUCAAUAUAAUCAGCCAAAAAUCUUGCGAGUUCAAAUACAUACAACCUUAAAAACAGCUGAUUUUUAUGUUAUCAAUAUUUUGAUGACUUCUUCUUUUUUUUCUAUUGACAAAGUCUCAAUAAACAUAGUGCAACAAAAUUAAUAAGCACGACACUAAUAGUAAUACUUUACGAUAGAUACCGUUACACAUAAUAAUUUCCGUGAUGUAGUAAACAUAUCAGUUUAUUUUAAUCUACUAAUGACCUAUUAUUAUCAAGCAAUAUGAUUUGUAUUUCAGAAUUUUUUAAAUGUAUGCGAUUUGAGUGUAUUUUAGCUACUCACAUUCACACUAUUGAAACUUCAUACAGACGAUAAUCAGGGCUUGAAAAUUAAGCGACUUUCUAAUCCACUUAUGAUCUACUAAUGACGUCUAGCUCAUAGGCAGGAGUGGAGUAAGAGGGGGUGUGGAAUGAUGAUGAUGGGUUCCUAUUGCUCCACUAUGAAGCGUAGGGCGUCCACAAAGCAUUUGAAUCGCACUCGAUUCUGGGCCAAAGCUGCUAUUUCCUGCAGUGGUGUGGAAUGACCUGGUAAAAAAAAGGAAUAGUAAAGAUUCCUCUUACUUAUAAGUUGUUAAGUUCUGCAAGAUUAUCAUAUACUUGACUAGUUUAAAUUGACUGUAGAGAAUGAAUAGAAUGAAAUCUGGACUAUCAAGCUUAAGACUCUGAACAAUUUUGAUCAUUUUGAUCAGUUCCGCACCUCUGAUUGAGUCACAUAUAGGCAAUUCUGUCAAUUUGAUUUUGGAGUCCCUGUGGAUGAGUACACAAAAUACACAAAAUUUUUGUAACCCUCUUUCAUGGAUUUAAGUUCGUUUCCUAGUGACUAGUGGCAAUCAUUACAUAAAGUGUAGCCGAUACGACGAUUCGAACAAUGUUCACAGCAUCACUCUUGCAUAGCAAACUUUAAUGUCAAUUUUACUUCUGACCAACUCUGCCAAGACCGCUUAUAUUAACCUAUGAAAAGUCAAAUAAGUAAGCAAGUAAGUAAGUGUAUGAAUAGUAAAUCCAAUCAACACACACGCAAAACCACAAGUACUCUCAAGUUAAGUACCAAUAUUUGACAUGCAUGCUUACUACUUUAAUACUCAAACAAAAACAGAACUGUGAUAACUGUAAAUACAAUAAAUUCACUAGAUUUAAAACUUGAUUAGUAAGAUAAAGUCGCAGUCUGUAGAUUCUGUGCCAACUGUUUCUACGUUUGUUUACUUUUUUGUGUCAUUUUAAUUGGCUUGAUAAUGAAAUUCGUUUAUGAUUUAAAUGUGAUUCUGUUACGGUAAUCAGCUGUGAGUUGCACUACGUAAAAAAAAUCCGCAGUAUUCGCGUAGACAGUGUAGAAUGUGGAAUCAAGUGCUUCUGACAAUAUUUGCAAAUAUUGGAACAUUUUAUUUUGGUGUUGGUGCAGCAUGGUCGUCGCCGAGCGGUCCACAAAUUACAGAAAAUGAAAAUUAUUUCUUUUGGGUGACAAAAAAUCAGUUUGGAUUGAUUGUUGCAUUUAUGCCAUUGGGUUCAAUGAUGUCAUGUGUGUUUUCUGGCAUUUUUAGACAUAAAUAUGGAACAAAGCUGACAAUGCAAUUGUUUUCGGUGCCUGCUGUGCUGGGAUCAGCUUGUAUUACGUUGCCAUGGAAUAUUUAUAUGCUUCUUCUAGGCAGAUUUCUGAUCGGAAUCACCAUCGGCUGCUACAUGUUCCUAGUUCAAAUUUAUGUCGGUGAAAUCUCCACCAAACAGAUACGAGCAAGUCUCUUAAACUUCAUCCACAUUUUCGUCUUCUUAGGUGUAUUAUUCUCAUACGUGCUGGGACAGCUCGUAAGUUUGAGAAAUUUAAACAUCAUAUGCGGUGCUAUUCCACUCUUCUACUUGAUUGGAUUUCAAGCAAUGCCUGAAACGGUGCCAUAUUUGUUGAGUAAAAGGAAAGUUAAAGAUGCUGAGAUGUCGAUGAACUUUAUGUACAAAAAAGUCGCACACCAAGCGGAAUUCAAAGAGUUGUUGACAAAACCUGACAAAAAGAAUCAGCAAAAGCAAUCAAUGGCUGAUCUGCUAAAGAUUAAAUCUACUAGACGUGCAACAAUAAUCAUGGUGAUGCAAUUUUUCUUCUUUCAAAUGUGCGGAACAAAUGCUGUAAAUUUCUACUCAAAAACAAUCUUCAUUGAUUCGGGAAUCGAUAUUGAUCCUGGAAAUGCAUCAAUAAUAAAUGUCUCCAUACUUGUCAUAAGCUCAUUUAUAUCAGUCUUUUAUGCUAGACAGUUCGGACGUCGAGUAAUGCUGAUAACAUUCAACAUACUCAGUGUAAUCAGCUUAUGUGGACUCGGAUUGUACUUUACGAUGAAGAAUAGUGGAUGGACUGUUGAGACAAUUGGAUGGAUGCCACUCAUUUGUCUGUGCAUGAAUUCUGUAGCAUUUUGUCUUGGAAUGGCUCCAGUAACUUAUGGCUUGCUCGGUGAACUUUUUACAAUUGAGGCAAAACAAGUCAUCGCACCUUUUGCACAGACAUUAAAUCAUGGAUUGACAUUCCUAAUUGGACUCUCUUUUCCAUUCUUUUCGAGCAUUAUUGGAACUGGAAAUGUUUUUCUCAUUUUUGCUGCAACAAUUUUUAUUGAUAUUAUUUUUGCUUAUAAUUUUAUACCUGAAACUCAGGGAAAAUCCUUUGAGGAAAUACAAAAAGCUUUGGAUGCUUGAAAAAAUAUUUAUUUUAUUAAAAAUUCCAUCAUUUAAUAUGAAAAAAAUAGUUGUAAU